AUGGCUCCGUUGAUGGAUGUGGACGAUGGUUUGGAUGAUGAGGAGAUGCUGAAAUUGCCCGUCCGGCUACAGUACUAUGAGAGACAUCGCGAUAAGAAUGAUAUCGUGAGGCAGAAGUUGAUUGAGACACUGUUUCAGCUAUGCGCCACAAAACACGGUCGUGAAACGCUUCGUUCGAAAGGUGUCUACCCGGCAAUGCGUGAACUCGACAAGGCGACCGAAGAGGCCGUCUCGAAGAAGGAGCACAAACUGUUGAGCUCUCAACAAGAGCACACACUUCACGCUCUCAUCGGAAUCCUCAUUCGCUACGAAUCUGAAAUGGACGUCGAUCCGAAUCUGCCGUCGAUCCGCGACUUGGGAUUCGAUGAUGUCAGUUGUGAAGCCAUCAGACAUUAA